AUGGCGCAUGCGGCCCCUUCUGAACGGAAACCCUUCCUUACGCUUUUGCCGUGGCUCUGCCUGGCGAGGCUGGCGGCGACGACGCGCUCGCUCCACCAGAUCUCUGCAUCUGGGCCGUCUCCACCCUCUGCCUACCCCAUCAAGGUUUCAGACCUUGGGCUAGUACCGUACAACAUUCCGACGACUACCACGACGACCUCAGAUCCGGAAAUACGUGCCACCAUUCAGAAAAUGCGGCACGCUCUGCGACAUCCGAAGCAUUGCAACAGUGACAUCCUUGUUGCUGUCGAGGGCUGGAACCAGUAUGAUGAGUUUAUUCAAGCUUCUGCCAUCUUGUACGAGGACGAGAUGCAACUGCCUUCUGGGGCCUGGGUUUGGACAACGAAGGAUUUCAAAACUGGCACUGAGACCAACACCUACAUCGGCUGCAAUACCUUGAAAGGAACUCCAGUCCUAAUCAGGCAGUCGCCCGACAAGGAGGGUGCAGAGGACGGCAUUCUCGAGAUCAGGCAGGGCGGCGGGGCCGCAGAGAUGUGGCUCCACGAGGGGCAGGAGGAAGACGACGACAAGGAAGUGACGUUCGUGAACGAGGUCCUGCCGGAUCUUUUGCUUUCCACCGACCGGCUCUGGAACUGCACCAUCAUGAUCAAGGACGUAUGGGGAUUGCGGUUGUUUCCGAACAUCAGCUCCGAAGAGGCACCGUCCUGUACACAGACCGUGAUGCUCGAGGUGAAUGGAAAGAGCUACAGCCCCUCGUUCCGGAAGGCAUAUCCGGUCGUCCGGAAAGUGAGGAUUCCUCCUAGCAGGUAUGCUCGACUGGGGGGCUUUCGCAUAUAUUCCAAAGCCACCGAAGAGGGUGAGGAGAUGUACUGGCUCCGGUGUGACUACGCCACAGGCCGCCCACUGGUCUUGAAGCAGAAUGUGGAUGGCUCCACGGAGCAGCGCGGCUUCGAGCUGCCGCCGGCCCAGUCUGGUUUCAAGGAUUUGCUAUUUUGUGGGUAG